CCGACUUCUCCCAUUACUUAGGUGUCUCCACUGAAGCGUGCGCCAGCAUAUGGUCACCGCCACACAAAGCUAGAGCAGGAAGCCACAAGCGCUGCGCCUCCACCCAUCUUUCAUUACGCUUCUAUCUAUCUCACUGGCUCUGACCAAACCCCCCCCCACCCCCAUCUGUUCAGCAGGCCAGCUGGCUGCUGUCAGGGUGUCACUUUCCUGGCUCAGGAGGAGGCGAGCAUGAAGUGGCGUUUUUAUUAUCAUACGGGCACCUGUCCGUGGGACAUAGUGAUUGUGCCUCGCUGGGAUUCCAGGUGCUCCAGGGAGCUCGCCGUAGUCCACCUUUAGAGGCUAAGGAUGGUGCUGCAUCGGGCCAUCCAGGCAGCUCGCGAUGCAGACCUGGCGGUUCUGAGGAGCAUAGCGUCUGCCGGUCAGCUCUCCCCCGCUAUCAGCGACGCCCAGGGUGCCGGCCCUGUGCACCACGCCGCCAGGUGUGGGCGCCUGGACUGCCUGCAGUUCCUGGUGAGUGACCUGGGGCUGCCAGCCGACUCUAGAGCCUUAAACGGGGCCACGGCAGCACAUGAUGCGGCAGCGACUGGGAACGUCCGGGAGCUGCAGUGGCUUGUGGACCAGGGAGGCUGCAGUAUUGAGGACCGGGACGCUGCAGGGGCCACGGCUCUCCACCUGGCAGCUCGGUUUGGCUGCGUGGAGGUGACCCGGUGGCUGCUGUCCGCCGGCGGAGCGGCCAGCGUCGUGACAAACUGUGGAGCCGUACCGGCUCACUACGCCGCAGCCAACGGGGGUCUCACCUGUUUAAAACUUCUCCUCCAGGAGGCACCCAGGUGUGCCAACCAGCAGACGGGCAUGGGAGCCACGCCCCUGUACCUGGCCUGCCAGGAGGGGCAUCUGCACGUUGUCCAGUAUCUGGUGAAAGACUGUGAGGCGGACGUUCACCUGAGAGCCCACGACGGCAUGAGCUGCCUUCACGCUGCUGCUCACAUGGGCCACCAGGAUGUGGUGGAGUGGCUGGUGACCCGCACAGACGUGGGGUUGUCCUGCCAGGACAGAGAAGGAGCAACAGCGAUGCAUUUUGCCGCCAGCAGGGGGCACCAUUGCAUCUUGGAGAAACUGCUUCGCAUGGGUUCUAAAGUCCUCAAAGAUUUCUGGGGAGGGACCCCUCUUCAUGAUGCUGCAGAGAACGGAGAGCUGGAAUGCUGUAAAAUCCUGUUGGCCAAUGGAGCGAAACCUACCGACGAAGAUAUUGACGGCUUCACAGCAGCAGACCUAGCAGAGUACAACGGGCAUUCUGAAUGUGCCAGAUACCUUCGUGCCAUCGAGAAAAACACAUCCUAUGCUGAUAGAUCCAUUGAGGUUCUUACUCCACUAGAGGAGGACAUCAAGGUGAAGCCAACCGUGUUGUUUCCACGCAGCAAAGAGGACUACUACAGGAGCCUGAGUGAGGAGUACACAGACAGUCACAGCGGUGACAAACGCAUGGAUAGCUUGAAGCAACCGGAGUGCGAGGAGCCGCCACAGGCUAGGUACCCUCAGCCCACUCCAGCACCUCCGUCACCCUCAGCGUCGGAGAGAACCGCAGCAAGGCGGAUAGAGCAAGUUCAGAGAGCUGCAUCUGUUAUUAAAGGUUUUAAUCAAAUCAAGGCAGAGAGAAGUGUCCCUGCUGAUAAGACAACGUUUCCUGAUACAAACCUCCUGUCUGAGAGAAAACUGCUGGGCGACAUGAAGAACAUUAAAUCGCUGAAGGAGUCGGGGAUGUCAGGAGUCUUUGCUGGACAAACGAGCAAAAUGGUGGUCUUGCCCACUGAGGAGGCUAACCUGUCAGAUAUUGACUAUCUGGUGCCCACCCACGACGAGAAAGGUCACCCCAUAGCUGAGUGGAAGAGGCAAGUCAUGGUGAGGCAGCUGCAGGCGAGGCUGCUGGAUGAAGAGGAUCAGAGGAGGAAGGAAAACGGGAACCGAUAUGCCAAAGUCAGCUGGAGGUACUCCCAAGCCCACAAUGCCAUCCUGGGACCCUCUGGUGAGCUGCUGACUGAGGAUGACCUCAUCUAUCUGGAACAGCAGAUCGCCAACGUCUCCCUGCAGAGGAACUGCGCAGGUUACGAGCUGGAGCUGGCUCGCCUGGCCGAGGAGCUCAGGCACAUCCUCCCGGCUCCCAUAGUCAACAUCACCGUCAACACGCAGUUCAGGAACUUCAAGAGCCAAGUUCCCCUACCUGUGUGGUGUGGCCGGAUCUCGGGCAUCGUCAGAAGCAUGUCCCUGCUCAUGACCAACCUGACAGACCAGCCCUACUGUAAGAUGCCCAACACUGAACUCAUCACUGUGUUCUCUCAGGCCCCGGACAGACAGCUCACCAACAGGGUGCGCAGGGAGAGCAUCGAGGACGAGAUUAAUCAAUUCGGAGUGUCUGUGAGGACUUUGAGGUCAAAUUUUGAGAAACAGAGCACAUCUUUGUCUGAUCAACCCGAGGAAGCUAUCCUGUUCUGUCCUUCCACGCAGUUUGAAGACACGAACCUGGACAAACAGCUGAGGGACUUGAAGCCAGCUGCCGAAACAGACCAGCACAGUCACUCUGGUAACGAUGGCGAUGAAAAGGUUGCGGACGUUCAGGAAACCACCAGCCUCAGGAAGGAGCGCAUCGUAGUCCUGUUCCUGGGUCACUGGAAAAAGUCUGCCUACACAGUGACGCUGAAGGGCAGGGAUGCAGUCAAAAGGAAGAUGAGUAACGGAAACCCGGGGCCCGAUAACGAGUAUGGUUGCGUCCGAACAGACGACGCAGAAAGUGAGGAGUCGGUUAUAAUGAACAGUUCACUGGGACAUUUCUUUAAACAGAGGAGCGCCGUCAACAAGAUGCUGGGAAACUGGAGGAAGAUGAUCUCCAGUGUCCCUUCUAGACAGAUACGCAGGCUCCACAGGCAGAAGGCCCUCUUCUCCCCAGAGCAGUUCUUACCUCGUCUGGACGGGGUGCCGGUGGACUACGACAGCCUGACUCUGGAUCUCUUCAUGCUGGGCUACUUUCACAUCCUGGAGCUGGAUCUCCCAGUGGACGAAAGGAAAAUGAGGCACCUGCUGUGUUUCGAGGUUUUCGACCGUGUGGGGAAGUUCCCGUGGGAGACCAUCAGAGAGUUUCACAAGACAGUGGUACAGGACAUAGAGGCCGGGAACCGUGAGUGGAAGGACGGCUUUGAGGACAUUAAAGUGAAAUUCUUUGGAAACGCCGUGAGUGAAUGUGAAGACACGUCUAGUGUGGUGAAACACAGCCUGCCAGAGGUUAGACAGGUCCCCAAAGUCAUCGUUCAAACACCGACGCCCGAUGAGAACGUGCUCUACGGUGGAACUGACAUUUCCAGCUUCAGCAAUGAGGAAAUAUGUCAAUACAUCGAUCGCAGUUUUGCUUUCUGGAAGGAGAAAGAGGCAGAGAUCUUUGAUUUUGAGUAG